UAACCACCCCCAUGCCUUUCUCACCAGCCAAAGAUAGCAGUUUGAUGUGAGGUUUCUUCUAAGCUGUGAAAUUUGCAGUAGUGGUAGUAGCUUUACAGCAUGUGAAUUGGCUGCACAGAGACCUAUUUUCUUGUGUCUGGUUUGUCCCAGAAUGUAUUUUAAAGCACUGGCUGUUUUGAGCUGCUGCCUUCUCCUCUUCUUUUGGGCUGAAUGUCAACAAGAAAAGCCCUCCAAAGCUACAGAGAAGGACAUGAAGGAGCCAAAAGCCAAGGAGCCCAAACUUUCCAACGUGUCAGAAUCAAACACUUUGAGAGGCACAGUCAGCUGACAGUUGUCAAUUCCACUGCUGCAGACACAGGCGAGUACAGCUGCUGGUCUUUUUGGUGCUGUGAUAGGGAGUGUCGUAAUGGAGAGGACAGGAUGGGCAAAACAUUCAUCUUCUUCACAGAUCCUCAGGAGCUAUUUGUGCCCACAGAAGAUUACUACAAAGUGAUCCAGCUGCGUACAAACCACCCCGCCCGUCUGCCAUGCCAGGUGACAAAUCCACUUGCCAAAGUGACAUUGCACCGGCAGUUCCCACCCAAGAAAGUGGUUGUGGAUGGGAUAGACAUCUCCUAUGAUGUGAAGAAAGGCUUCGUUAUCCACCGCCCACAACUCUCUCAUGCUGGCUUCCUCUUCUGCAUGGCAAGUGUGGGUGGAAUGAGGCAGAUAUCCACAAAAUAUAUGCUGAUUUAUGUGAACUAUCCUCCUUCAGUUCCGAGACCAGCUAUCAGAGCCUCAGUGGCCUCCUUUCAAGUUGGAGACACUUUCAAUGUUACUUGCACCGUAUUUGGGGAACCAGAAAUUGCUGUAGAUUUCACGUGGGAAUAUCCAGGACAGCAAAAAUCAGAACAAAGGCUAAUGUGACCCAUGAACCCAGCAAACCAGAGAGAGUGCAAAGCCAAGCCAAAUCAUGAUUGGCCUGACCUCCUAGAAUGAGUAGGUCAGAGGCAGAAUGAAAAUAAUAAUAAUAAAUUGUUCCUCUUUAGAA